AGCGACAGUGGGCUAAACACCUUAAGCUGUACUGACAACAUGGUGAAAGAAGGAAAGCGGCAUUUUUCGAUGAGCAGUGAUUGCAAAUGGUUUGCUCAUCCGAUUUUACCAGAAAGUGAGACACAGACUCGUGAGAAGAAUACAAGCACUGGGAUCAUGCUGACUCAAGUGAAGUCAUCAUUGCCUCAGGCUUUAACCUUUCAGCGCUAUCCUAAAUGGAAAAGUCAGCAGGAAUCCAGAGAGUAUCCAUUCUCAGAGCAUGACAACAAGUAUGCCUUCAAAGACAACGUCACUGUAUUCUCUCAUGGCGUGGGAAGGAGGAAGUGUCCUGAUGAUCGCAGACAACACAUCUCCCAUUUCUGCCUGUGCCAUGGUGGAACUGACAAUAGCACUGAAGAGACUGGGGGGAACCUCACAGCCUACCAGAGUGGAUUCAUGGUGAAAGAGGGUGACUCUGCAUCCAGAAACAGGCGCUUCCCUCGCAACCACAGGCUGAAGUCUGCAGAGGCAGCUUUGGCUCAGGCAAGGGAGCCGUUUAUGUGGUUCGGACGAGACGAUUCUGACCACUCUGACACCCUGCGAGUGCUGGCAGCCAACAACUAUUCAGCACCAUCCAAGCCCUAAGAUACUUACAUUUAAUGCCCAGAUGGCAUCAUUAAAGGGCCAUAGCAUGGACAGAGCUUCUCUUCUCUGGCAUAUGAGCUGUCCAUGGAAAAUAGUGAACUUUACUCAGAUUUAUUCCAAAACAUCCUCAAUGUCAAAUGUUCCAAGUUUGAAAGAAAAAAAAAAAUUAACAUUUUUGAAAUAUUUAUAGUAUUGAACCUAUGUAAGAUAAUUACUUUAAAAAGGUUUAGAACUAGCAAAACCUAUUUUGAUAUACUGUGUUUCUACCCAACAUAAAGAGUACUGAAGUGAUUUUAGAUCCAUACUUCCAACAUUGUCAGACUGACGAUAAAGUUGUCUCUCUUUCUUUAAAUUCCACUCGUGCUUCUGCAUAACUUACCCACAGUUGUUGACGGUUCAGUCGGAACCUCGGGUGUGUUAUCUUAAUACAUCAACCAUGGGUGUAUUAAAGGGUAAGCAGAAGAAUCAAGUAGCAGCUAGUGUAGACUCCAGUAAAUAUGAUAAAGUUGCUACAGACAUUUCACAAAUGCAAUAUAGCACAGUGUUACUCAAACACACGUUAGCAUAUUUUGGGUUCAUGUAGAUAUGGAAGAAUAUAAACACAAGUGUGGACAGUCAUGAUUCAAUUUAGGUGCCACUUUGAGCCCAUGUGAAGACUGUUGGUGGUUCAUAGUUUGACCAGCAGAGGGCAGCAGGUCUACAUGAGUAGUCGUUUGGUCUGCCUAACCGGUGACUUGUUCGAGGGCCAAGUUUGAGGAAAAUGUAAUAGCCCAAAAACCCCUGUGUAAUGUGCAUGUUCUGUGAGAGAAAAUGUGGGGGGAAAAUAAUUAGAAAAAGAAUACAGCUAUUUUUAUUCAACACAUAUCAACAUGGAGAUAUUCAAUUAGAGCAUGCAAAAUAAAUUAAGCUUGAUUUGA